UCAGUUUUUCUUUCCUUCAGACUCCGAGGUUUUAAAAACAUUGACUAAAUCCACUCCAGAUUUACUUCGGGUCGUUUCAGAAGUCUGGAUCUACACGACAGGGAAAGAGAUGGAACCUGUGAAAUGAAGUUUUAAACUGGCUGCAGCAAAAUGUGCUCUCUUGUGAUAUUCAGUUUAUUUGUUUCGCUCCUUCAGUCUGGUUUCACCCAAAAAAAUCCAAAACAUUUUUAUAUUUUUGAUAAGAUAGAUAAAAUUGUCUUCACUGGACUGGACAUUCCUGGAAAUGGCCCUGUUGGCUGGGAUUGGAAACCAAGCUACAAGCAAGGCACACAACAACUUGUGACAUUUUAUAAAGAAGGAUCCAGAGGGUGGAACCCACGUUGGGAAAUACACUUCAAACACGAUGGCAUCUUUCAUGCUAUGGACAGUACGGCUGGUACCAUUGAUCUGAUAAUUACUCAGCCCACAUCUAAAUUUGCAGGAUCUAUCAUCUUGGUGCAAAGAGAGCCCAGUUAUGAAAUCUUGAAGCAAUAUGAAAUUUUUGGGAUCAAAGUUGUAGCAAAUCCACGAUCACCUGUGGAGGGCAGUGACGUCACCCUCAGCUGUACCAUCUCCAGACUCCCAGAUACCGUCAGUCUCCACUGGAAACCAGUGGGCUCAUCCCAGCAGAACAGGAGAAACACUGAUCAGAUCCGCCUGAAUAACACCCUCUAUCUGAUGGUCAGACAUGUUACAGUGGAGGAUGAGAAGUUGUAUCAGUGUGAAGUACAGGAAAACGGAAACAUUGUUGGAACAGGGCAAGCAAACUUUACUGUAGACACGGAUCGAUAUGAUAAACGUUACACACUUUAUCGCUCAGUUACGGAUCACAGUGAAUUCCAACUCAUCUGUUACAGUCAUUCUGUUUACAACAGUGCUGCCUGGACUUGGCUGUCACAUGUUCAUCAAAGUCCGUGGAAAACAAUUGCAACAGCAUUGAAAUCUCAGCCCGUGAAUGUCAGUGAGAACCACUUUGUGAAUCGACUGAUGCUCACAGAGACACCUUUUAACGGCUGGAAUUUCAGUAUGAGGGUUUUUCCUGUGGUGUUUGAAGAUGCAGGAGAUUACACCUGUACUCUGGAAACAAGUGUAUUUAGCACUAUCACACUAAUCACAGUUAAAGUCACGGCUGAACCGUCUGAUACAGUGACUGAGGGAGACACCGUUACCCUGAGCUGCUCUGUGUCUGACGUCACUGCAUCAACCAGACUGGUUUGGAUCAACGGAGACGGUGAAACUGUUGGAGACAAAACACUGACUGGGGAAGAGAAAUCACUGAGUCUGAUCGUACAGAAAGCUGAGAGAGGCAGAGGGAAAUGGACGUGUGGUGUUGUUGAUCAGAACACUCUCCAGCUUUCAGUACCAUAUAAUCUGGAAGUCAGAGUGAGAUCACUUCCGGACAGUUGGAUCACCACAAUUGCUGGAUACCUGUUUGUUAAACUGGCUGUUGGUCUUGGACUCGUCUACAGUUUGAUGAGGAAAAACAGACAGAUCACGCCUCAGGGAUGUAACAGAAGAGGACGAGCCAGAGGCCACAGAAGGAGAGCAAUGUCGCAUCAGAGUUAGACUCAUCAGUAAAUGGUGAGAGAAUUCAGAUAAAGUGAGAGGAAGAGCAACAGAUGAUUCACAGGAAGAUGCCACAUUUCAGACCUCGAAAUCUGAUACUGAUCUGCGAUCCUUAAAUGAACAUUGCAGCCACCGGGUGUCUAUUCGGCCCAUCAUGUCCAUUCCCCAGAGAGAUCUGCCGAUUCCAGAAUCCAGAUUGAUACAGUCUGGAAACUUUGGAACUUGAUUUCUGAUUUUACUCUCAAUUUAUUGCAUCUGGCAAGAAAACUUUAUUCCCCAAAGAAAAUAUUGCAAGCAUUGUUCACCUCAGUACUGUUAACUGUGCAUGGCAAGAAUAUUCUUUCCAGGCAACUGUAUAAAUUUCCAAACUCCAGGAGGUAUCUUUGUAAGCAUCUCAAACACAGUCAGAUUGCAGAGCACAGCGUCAUUUUGGACAAUAUGUGUUUCACUUCCUUCACAGUGAGAACGAUAUAAAGAGAUGAAAGUUGCACACAAAUCUCUGGAUAACGUUUCAUCAACUACUGCACAGCUGCAGCAAAGCAUUCUUGCUUGAACAUUUAAUUCCUCUUGUAAUCAAUGCCAACAAUAUACUGUUUGCCAUGCUAAUAGCUCACUGCUCCUGAAUACUUGCUUUCUGCAACUCAUGUACAAAGACACCAAGAUCUAGUUGCAACUUCCAUUUACCCAUUUUAUUAUCAUUCACAUUAUAUUUCUUUCCCCUUUUAUGGCCAUAACUCAAUGUAACAUCGUAGCAUAAUAGUUCUACUACUAUGACUACGUCGACUCAGGCCUGGGGGGCCGGCAUCAGGCACAAUGACGGAUCUUCACUUCUCCCUCUCCCUCAUCAGUGUGUUCAGUUCAUUGACAUUGGCCACGCUGCUGUCUUCUAGGAGCGGGUUGACCAUAGUCUUGGGAGGGCGCCCAGGGUAUCAUUCUCUACGGUCUUGAGAGUACCUUCGUCGCAGUUAAAUGCCAUGUACUCUGUCUUUUUAGUGUUUAGGUGAAGUCCAACUUUAUUGCAUUCAAUUUCCACUUUUGUCAGUAGCUGCUGUGCUUCCUCCAUCUGGUCAGAGAGCAGGACUAUGUCAUCUGCAAAAUCGAGAUCUGUGAGUGUAACUGGUCUGACCCUUUUGGUUCGCCCUGGUUUUAUAUGUCAUGUGUGACGCCAAGCAGAGCUACCGGACGGAUGAUGCUAAUGUGAGAGAUAACGGAAGACAAUGGAGAAACAGUCAAAAUGCUAAUAAGAGAGAAGAGAGAGAUUAAUGAGAAAGAAACACAAUUCAGAUAUUGACAGACCGUUUGCUUUGAACCUGAACUGUUUGAAGUUUCAUGGACAGGUGAUACCCCAGCAGGGGGAUAAAAAGGGCAGGUUUGCGAAGGCACGACACGCCACAAGACCGUGGAAAGAGCAGUGGGCCCCCACAAGUUGUGGGAGUUUGGAGGACCAGUUCGCAGGAAUCAGUCAGAGGCUCACAGGAUGUAAAGGUACGUUCGGUGGGAAACUGAGGUGUGUGUCUGCCCUUGCCUGGGUGCUGGGUUCACCGUGGAAGAACGAUUGUAUCCGGAAUAGAGGGGUCACAGUCAGUGACCACAGUGGGAUCAGAAGACAUCAAAAGGUAUGCCCGAAACCAACUGCAUCUCUCACUCUCUCACGCUCUCUCCAACGGUACAACAAAAAGCGAUUACUUCGAACUGCACUAAACUGAACAGAACUCUGCUUCACUUAAGACUGAUCAUUUUACCCCUAGACUGCGAUAGAGCUUGGUUGAUUGUUAAUACCCUAGUUCUGUGUAUACAUGUGUAUUAUCAUUGCUAUAAUGUUACAUUUAUAUCCUUGAGAUUACUGUACUGUAUUACUUAUUUCUUUAAUAAAACUUUAUUAGUUCCUAGUAAUCACAGACUCCAACGAGCGUUCCAUUUCUGCUGGCUUGGCAACCCAGUUAUGGGGUACAUAACACAAGGUAAAACCAAGCUUGUCAUAGCAGUAAGUGUAACAUAAUUAUAAUGCCAGCAAACCAGGUUCAAUACUGCUGCUGUCUGUAAGGAGUACGUACAUUCUCCCCGCGAUUGUGCGGGUUUCCUCUGUUUGCUCUGGUUUCCUCCCAUAAUUCAAUGACGUAGGGGCUAAUAAGUUAAUUGGUCACAUGAUAUAAUUGGAGAGCACGAGCUUAUUGGGCUUACAGUGCCUUUUACUGUGUCCUACAUCUAAUUGAAAAAAUAGAUCAUAGGUGUUUCUGAACAUAGACAAUGUCUCUAAUGUAACAAUUAAUGGCACUGUCUGUCAUGAAUAGCUCUAAUCUGAAAGAUUUGGGAAGGUUUAUGAAAUUAAUUUGUAAAUUAGACUCAUAGGAUUGUACAACACAGAAGCUCUCCAUGUCCAUUCUCACCACCCAGAAUCCAUUUCUCAUCAGAGGGCAAGUGCAGGUACAACACAUUUAUCACAACAAGAAAUGAUAAGUCUCUGAACACAGACUCAAUUCUCCGUCGCCUCAGUAAUAUGUCAUUCUGAAACUGGAAACAGCUUACAUUGUA